CGCACUCCAUGCAUGAGGUUCGGACUUGCUCGGCGAUGAUGCCCUCCACCCUUAACUAAAUCCGAGGGUUGGAUGCGAAUUCAUGCAUCCAAUAACACCAGGUCUGUCCGCUCAACGUCAACCGAAAGCAAAGCAAAACUAAUUACGGCAUUACCAUUUCCAUCGAAUAUAACAACACACUGAUACCCCCAUACAGACACAUUAAAUAAUAAGUUCCACGCAUUCAUGGCGACAGCGCAAGGCUCUUGGGCGCCCGGAUCACUCGCAAAGCGCAUCUUUUUCGAGCUCGGCCUGGCAUCACUGGCGCGUUCGCCGCGCGAUGUCAAGCUGCUGGUGGUGCAGCGCUUCGUGCGGUUCGUCGCGUACGGCAGCUCGACGCUGGUGCUCGUCUCGUUCCUGGGCGCCCUCGGCCACUCGCGGGCCCGCGCCGGGCUGUUCAUGACGCUCACCCUCGUCGGCGACGUGCUCGUCUCGCUGCUGCUCUCCCUCAGCGCCGACCGCCUCCUCGGCCGCCGCGCCGUCCUCGUCCUCGGCGCCGCCCUCAUGGCCGCCUCGGGCCUCGUCUUCGCCGCCGCCCCGCCCUCCUUCUGGGUCCUGCUGGCCGCCGCCGUCCUCGGCGUCAUCAGCCCCAGCGGCAACGAGGUCGGGCCCUUCCGCGCCGUCGAGGAGAGCAUUGUCGCCCACCUCACCCCCGCCGCCGACCGCUCCGACGUCUACGCCUGGUCCACCCUCGCCGGCACCGCCGGCACCGCCGUCGGCGCAAUGAGCUGCGGUUGGGCCGUCGAGGGCGCCAGCACCGCCCUGGGCUGGUCGCUCCUCGAUGCCUACCGCGCCGUAUUCUUGGCUUACGCCGGCUUGGGCCUGCUUAAGCUGGUCCUCGCCCUGGCGCUCUCCCCCGCCGUCGAGGAGGACGAGGAAAUGUCUUCCGAUUCCGGCAACCAUCCCAGAGGUGCUCCGAAUGCCACCACGCCGCUGCUUGGUUCCGAGGCCGCUUCCCAGCCCGAGGCCGGCAAGACCCGCUGGUGGGCAAAGCUGUUGCCGCGGCUCAGUCCCGAGAGCAGAGGCAUCACGGCCAUCUUCUGCCUACUGUUUGCCUUGGAUUCCUUUGCCUCGGGUCUAGCCCCGUGGUCCUGGGUUACAUAUUAUUUCCGCUCUCAGUUUAGCCUUGAGGAGGGUCGGCUCGGGUCAUUGUUCUUCACCACAAGCAUUAUCUCUGCUGUCUCGGUCGUCCUCGCCUCGUCCCUGGCCAAGCGCCUCGGGAAUGUCAAAACAAUGGUCUUCACUCACCUUCCAUCCUCCAUCUUCCUCGCCCUCAUCGGAACUACCUCAUCCCUGCCCUUGUCCAUCCUCUUUCUCGUUCUCCGGGCUUGCACCCAAAAUAUGGACGCCGCCCCGCGCUCGGCAUUCCUCGCCGCGGUACUCCUCCCCGGUGAGCGUACCGCCAUCAUGGGCGUCAUCAAUGUCGUCAAGACCACCGCGCAGAGUCUCGGCCCGUUCAUCACCGGCGUCCUCGCCGGCAAGGGACUGUUUUGGGCCAGCUUCGUCUGCGCUGGCUCUCUCAAGGCCACCUAUGACCUCGGCCUGCUGGCCGUCUUCAAGAACCACGCAAGAGCCAGGCAGGGGCCGCGCGAGGAGGAGCAGCCUUGAAAUCGUAGUCAUUUCGGUAAUUGGAAUUUUACAAAGUCGCGGCAUUAUCCGAGUACGGAGAGCCGACCUCUCGCCCCAGCAAUUGUGGAUGACGGCAUCGCCCUGCCAUUAAUAGUGGUUCUCUG